UCUCCCUCUCGUUCGUUGACACAAAACGGAGAAACCAAAAUAGAAACAAAUCAAUCAAUCAAUCCGAGAAUUCCUCCGAACAAAUCCAAGAAAUCGGAAGAAAAUCUCGGGUUUAUCCUAGGAAAAUUUCUGUAGUAGGCACAGAAAGGGCGAGAAAAAGUGCAGAACGAUGUCUUGUUCGGUCGCUAUCUGCAACUCCCCGGUGUUCUCGCCGUCGUCGUCGCUCUUCUGCAACAAAGCGUCGAUCAUCUCUCCGGCGAAUGAAUCGAUUACCCCAGCCCUAACCCAUCUCAAGCCCUCCGCCGCCUCCCCGUCUUCUCCCUCCGCCGUGGCCUCGCCGAAGUCGCCGCUUCGCCUACGCCUCCAGAAACCCCCAACCGGGUUCUUCCCGACGCCUUCGGGUUUAGGAUCGGAUCCGGGUCAUGGGCUGGGGACCGUAAAUUCCCCGCCAGGAGGGGUUCAUAAGAGGAAACGUCCGGCGAUGCUGAAUAUACCGAUGGCUCCGGCGGGUUUUGGAGCUCCGGCGGCGGCGGCUGAGGCGACGCCGAGGGAGGAGAGGAGAGUGAUGGAGAGAGACGGUGAUGAGUUUUCGGUAUAUUGCCGGAGAGGAAGGAGAGAGGCUAUGGAGGAUCGGUUCUCUGCCAUCACCAGUGUUCACGGUGACCCCAAGCAGGCAAUAUUCGGGGUCUUUGAUGGGCACGGAGGAGCAAAAGCUGCGGAGUUUGCGGCUAAGAACUUGGACAGGAACAUUCUCGAGGGAGUUGUCGGAAGGAGAGGCGAGCUCGGGAUCACAGAGGCAGUGAGACACGGUUACCUGACCACAGACACCGAUUUUCUCAAGGAGAAAGAAGGAAGGGGCGGCUCGUGCUGUGUCACGGCACUGGUCCGUGACGGGAAUCUAGUGGUGGCCAACGCAGGCGACUGCCGAGCUGUUAUGAGCGUCGGUGGCGUGGCACAACCCCUGACUUCUGACCACCGACCUUCUAGAGAAGAUGAACGGAACAGGAUCGAGAGCACGGGCGGAUAUGUUGAUACGUUCAAUGGUGUAUGGAGAAUCCAAGGAUCUCUGGCUGUGUCGAGAGGGAUCGGAGAUGGUCAUCUCAAACAAUGGGUAAUAGCCGAGCCCGAGACACAGAUCCUUAGGAUCGAACCCGGACACGAGUUCUUGAUCUUGGCAUCUGAUGGUUUAUGGGACAAGGUGAGUAACCAGGAAGCUGUAGACAUAGUUAGACCGAUCUGCCUAGGAACCGGGAGGCCAUUGUUGUCGGCCUGUAAGAAGCUGGCCGAGCUCUCGGCUUCACGAGGCUCUUUCGAUGACAUCAGCGUGAUGGUGAUCCGCUUGCGGAGGUUCAUCUGACGGGUUAGAUUUUGACGGCGAGAUCAAAUCCUACGGCGAGGGAUCAUCGCAGUGGAUAGGAGAGUAGAGGCCGACCAUAGACGAAAAUACCUUAGAAAUAUGUUGAAUUCAUUCAUUCUUUGAUUCUUUCUUUUUCUUUUAAACUUAAUUAUUUGUUAAUUGAUCUGUUCUAACAAAAUAGAAGAAUAAAUCGACGAUCAUCUGUACUUUGUAUGAAUCGGUUCAUUAUUAUCUUUUGAUUCUCCCA